AUUAGACUUUACCAAACACAAUUAGUUCUGAUAUUGUGAUAAAACGUGACGUUCUUUGGAAUUGAAAGUGAAUUCAUAUUCAAAUUAGAUAAUGCAAUCGAUACUGCUUGUGACUAUUGCAUUCCUUUCAAAUGCAUUCGCUUAUCACGAUCCCGAUCUUAAUUACCAUUUGAGUCAGGUGCAAAAUAUUCAAGGAUGUGGUCACACUGGCUAUAACUAUGCAGCUCCCGCAAUACAGCUAUCAUUACCGGAAGCAAAAGCCACAGCUGCCCCAAGACUUAUUCAAGCGGAAGCGCUUUCUGCUUCUAGUGGCUACAAGAACGCCGAAGGAUUCACACAAAAUGUGCUUUUCCAAGAAACUCCUCAAGUCAGCUAUCAGUCGCAGCCAGCUAUCACAUACCAAACACCAAUAGCUGCAACGUAUUCUGGUUACUCAGCCCAAAGGGAACAGCAUGGGUAUGCUACUUCUGCUGGCUUAUCAGCAUCUGCUACAAGAACUGUAAUUCCACAAGCAACUUACGCCCAAGCUCCAAUAAUAGCUAAAAUAACUGCAGCACCGUUGCAAGCAAAAUUCACGAUAUCCCCACCUAGAACCACAUAUGUGUCCCAAAAUUUAUUAUCGCAACAAUCUACUUAUAACUCCGGAUCAUCUGCAAGGGCAUCAUUAAAUUCAUUCAGUCACGGAGCUGGCCCAGUAGUGUCUCAAGUAUAUGCAGCGCCCACGGCUGGUUACACAACUUCACCGGCACUUAAAGUGCAAUCGCAACAAACAGUUCUUCCAGCUUAUCAGUAUCAAACUGCAGCGCCGUUAUCAGUGGCGCAAGUUUACAAAGCACCAGUUGGGACUCAAUACUCAAGUUCUAUUGUGUCUCAUGAUUCAGCUCCAAGUUUAACACAGUAUUCUGCGCCGACUUAUAGAGCUUCUAAUUUAGCUCAGCAAACGGCAUCGGUACAAUACUCUUCUCCAGCUCAUUACGUAACACAAUCGGCAGUUCAAUAUACAUCACCAGUCGCUCAAUACUCAGCUCCAUCUGUGACUCAUUAUUCUGCACCAGUCGUGACUCAAUACUCAAGAGUACAGCCAGCUGUACAGGCCUCGCAAUAUUUAGCACCGUCAGUAUCCCAUCAAACAGUUUCCACUCCAGAAGUAGCUAUAGCAGAUAUAGCUCAGGUCGUCAAGAACUCACAGAGGGCUAAAAAUGUGCACACGGAAUUCUUGGAGAACUACGACGCACAUCCUCGGUAUGCUUUUGAAUACGGUGUAAACGAUCCCCACACCGGAGACAUCAAACAGCAAAAAGAAGAACGCGACGGAGAUGUUGUUAAAGGUCAAUACUCUUUGGUGGAACCGGACGGUUCGGUGCGAACUGUCAACUACGUCGCUGACUGGGAGACCGGUUUCCACGCUAACGUUCACAAUAGCAAAGACAAGCAACACUAAAAGCUUAGCAAUACCGUUCCAUAUAUGAUGUGUAACGCCGAAACUACUGUAGUCCAGUUUUUUACUAGACCUGCCAAUUUUGACGUUUAAUUUUUCCGUCAAUUAAUUAUUACACAAGCGUUCGAUUUGUUCAAGGAAUUUCAUUUUUUGCAGUACUGAUUACAUUUAAUUAAUCUAAGCGUAAAUAUUUUUUUUAUUGCAAAAUGUACGCAUUUUUUUUUAUUUUAUCCGGGUUUUAGGAUCUCUGUGUUGCUUAAAGUCAAUUUGUCUACUUUGUUUCGCGCCUUAGUUUAGAAGAACAUAACGCUUAUUAUUAGAAUGUAUUUUUAGCCUUAAAGUUAUUAGGAAUAAGAAUCUAUCAUGAAACAAUAAUGUCGGUUUAAGAAUAUACUCUCUAGUAAAGUAUUGAUCUAUUAUCAAACACAAAUGUACUGUGUACUACUUAAAAAUUUUAUUUUGUUUUUUGCUUAAAAUGUAUUAUUA